AGGGCUACAAGGCUUCAGUGGCUCUGCUGUAAGCUUUAUGUAAACGUGGACGGUUCUGCAUGGAGAUGUGUGGGCAGUGGAGGUUUUGUCACUCUAAACAUUAGCAGGUGCUUCAUUCCCUCUACAGCACGAGCAUUAUGGUGGCCUGCUGCUGUGCCUGGACCAAUGUUGCUUAUGCUUGGACGAACACCUGGUAGAUGCUGUAGAGCUGCAUUAAUCUGAUUUACUCUCCCAUGAUGAAGACUAGGUCUCAGUGAGACCGAAAUUAGGGAUAUGUCAGGUGAAAAACAACUCAAAUCAGCAUGGCAAUGUAUUGAGUAUUCUCAAUAUUGAGAAAGAACUGCUGAAGUGAAAAAACAACAGAGCAACCCAGAGCCAAAGUUCCAGAUGUUCAUGGAACAAACCAGAGCUGAGCAAAGAAACUUUCAGAAGGAUGUGAAUGUUGAUCUGUAUUCGGGUGCGAGAAGUUGAGCAGAUAUUUCUCAUCACUGGCUUGAGGCUGCUGCACUCAGUGUAACUCACAGGCAGACAGAACAGUGCUGGCUGUGCACCUCAUCACAGUCAGCUGGGCAGAGAGAGCCCAGACUGCUACAGACUGACCUCUCCUGGCCUUCUCAGCUGUUCCAGGAUACCACCAGUCAGUUCUCCAGUUCCUGCUCCCAGCUGCAAAAUAAUCUCUACUCUAAGCUGCAGCAGCACAUCUUGAAGCACGUGGCUCACAGGACUCCUCAUCUUGCUGUGUCCACACUUCCUGCUGCAGAACUCCCUCAGGGACACUCUCACCUUGAGGCUUAUAGCUUAGAAGGGAGAAGGAAUGAGAAUUUUGGCCUUCCUCAGCAGCACAGUCAGAAAGCAAAGGCAGCUGGUAGCUGCUCUAUGCCUACUGCUCAUCAUCACUGUUUAGAAGGAAAAAACAAGAACAGUGACUAUCCAGUGGAAAAGCAGCAGCCACCUGCUGUGUCUUGUAUGGAUACUGAGAACCCUUUGCUGGUCAAUACACCUUUGCCAUUUCAUGCUGUAGAUUGCCCUCUUAGACACAAAUUAGUGUUGUGUAUUUCCUCAAGGAGCUCAAGGGAAAGCAUCAACACUUGUAGUUCAGCCCUGACUUCAAGUGAUCUCAGUCCAUCUAAUUUGGAGUCCCUUCAGCCUAUUUUGCAGUCCUCACAAAUUUCUGCUGCUUUGUACUGUUCAAUCUGGAGGCUGAAGCAAGAAAUUGCUUUCAUGGGGAGCCGGGCCUCCCUUCCUCUGGAGCCCAAGUCUUUUCCAGUCAGUGACAGUUUGUGCUUUGCUCCUGAUGAUCCAGCUCCUACUAUCCUGAGCACAGGAGAACAGCUAGCUGGAGCAAAAACUAGCGCUGCUCAGGCAAGAUUGAGAUGGAGCAUUCCAUUUGCUAAAGGCACGAGCCUUGGUGCAGUGACGAGGGACUUUGGGCACGCUGAACCUCUCUCUGUCUCUCACAGAUGCAGAUACAUUGACUCGAGCAUGUGGAGAACCAAACUUUCAGGUGGCAUCCAUCCAGAUGGGCUGUCUGCUGGGAUGGGCUCUGGCAGGCUUGUGGAUACAGAAGAUUCUUCCAACGAUUGCUCGCCUUAUUUCAGAUGCCAGUCCCAGCCAAAGCCAACUCUGGAAACUGGUGGGUUUUAUGUUCAUACAAGAAAUCAUUCAUGUGAAAAGGUUCUUAAAGCAGAAGGGACAUCUGGUGAGGCAUCCCUAUGUGCUAUGCCUUGGAUAAAAAACCACCCUGAGGGUCAGCACGUGUCGCUGGAAACGUGGUUGGCUGGGACUCAGAUGAACGUUGGCAUAUCCAUGUAUGGGACUCCAAGAGAAGUGUGUGUAAGAGUCACUUCUGGAGAUCAAGAGUUUAGGCCAGUACAGCAACUUAGCAUUAAAUCUGUAGAAAUCAAGAACCCCAAACCUCCUGUUGAGUCCGGCAAAGGCUUAGAAGAGGUAUGUGACUGUAGAUCUCCAGCAGCCAGCAGGAUGGCAGUGGGGGACAGCCAGUCCAGCCUCUUCAGCACUCAGGUUGGAAAAGACAUUGGUGACUGUUCCAACAUAGAACAUGUGAAUGCAAACAGAGAAGAAAGGAGAAACAGACACUUCCAGCAAAGCAGCUGGAGGAACUGGGAAGCUCCUGACCACCGUGAAGAACCUUGCGUAGAGAAGAGUGCCAAAGAACCACGGUGCUGUGAAGAAGGGAGCCAGACACAGGAAGCUGUGCCCAGUGAGGUGUCAGAGAACAGCUGCUGGUCUCCAAAGGUGAAUGAGCAAAGUUUCCAGCACUUACUUGACAGACAAAUGGUAACUAGGUGUUUCCAUGCCUGGAGGGACCACGUCAGCUGGAAGAAGGCUGCAGCAAGGCAGCAGCAGCCUCAAAAGGCCCUCAGUGCUUUUGGCUUGGUAGCCCAGCAAAGAUGUGCCUCAGCUCUUUUAGCUGCCAGCUUCCACAAGUGGAAGGAAGCUGUGACAAAACAGAGCCAAAAACAAGCUGCACAGUCUGAGUCAUAUUCAUGUACCCAAAGUUCAUCAGUGGGUUUUUCUGGAAUAGGAAGAUUAGCAACUAUGACAACCUCAGCUCAGCACCAGCUUACGGAAGGAUACAUGAAGGAAGCUGAGCAGGCUUGUAGGGUGGAGAGCAAACUGUGGACACAGCUUCAUCGCAGGCAGAGAGGAGAUGAGUUCUGCUGGAGAGCUCAAGCAAUAAGAGAUGUGAGGCGCCUAGCUGCAGCUUUCAGACUGUGGCGCCUUCAGAAGGAGCUGCUGAGCAAUGAGGAAGGCAGGCUGCUGGAAGCAUAUGCCCUGAUGGAAAAGAAGCGGCUACAAAACAUUUUCCAGGUGUGGCAGUCCCGAUAUUUGGAAAAGAAAAAGAUUUUAGGGCUGACAAUUUGGAUCCAAAGGAAAUUGGUCUCCCGGUGCUUCAGUGCAUGGAAGGAGGCUGUUGAGCUAAAGGCUUAUUACAAGAGCAGCCUGACACAUCUCAGAGUAGAAUCAAUGAGGAAAUACUUCCAGCAGUGGUUUCAGAUGCUGCGGGUCAGAGAAAGCAAUAAGCAGGCAGUGGUGAACCUCCUCCUUCUGAGAUGGAGGCAGCAUUAUGGACCAGCUGUAAGCUCAGUAUCUCACAGAACUACAGCAGAAGGUGAUGACAGCUGGCCAUGGUGGGCUGCAGUGCCACAGUUUCCUGAGAAAACAGGUUACUCUCUUGAUGACUUCUGCCUAAAGAUGAAACUCCAGAGAGUGUAUCUGUUGUGGAAGGAGAGGCUGUACGAGCACUGCAGAGCUGAUUCUUUCUCUCAGGCUUUGGAGGAGCGUAGACUCAGAAAAGCUCUGAAAUUAUGGCACCAGAAGUAUCUCAUACUGAAGACAAACAAACAAAGUCCUCAGCUCUCUCACAGGGCUGUCUAUGAAGAACCUCUUGCUGUGCUGUUUUGUGAGGAACGCUCAACAUCUUCUGGCUUCCACAGCAGUGCUACAACUACUCUUGCCUCUCAAAGCUCACUGGAAAAGGAAUACAGUUUUAGUGACAGCAGCCAGCAGAGCUGCUCCUCCGUUCUGACUGCUGAGGAUGUGCCAUACCUGCCCUAUUACAAUUCUUUCCUGCAACUACACCAAUGUGCAGAGCUGCCAGCUGAGCUGGGUGGGGAGCUGUGCUUGCAGGCUUCCUUUCCUCCCUGGAGGACUAGAUCUGGAGAAAAUUGGUUUGUGGGAGGUCAGUUCCAGUCUUUGGCACUGCAGAGUGCAGACAGUGAUGUCCAGCCUCUUGUCAGUUACUCUACAUGGGAAGAGGACUGCAGCUCUGAGAAGGAGGUGAAGAGUUCCUGGCACCAUGUGGAGAAAUGCUGCCUGGAGAAGUACUUCAUCAUCUGGUCCACUCGAACUCAGCAACUCACAAAGGCCCAGCAGUACUGCAGGCUUCUGCAGCUGUCUCGAGCCUUUCUCAGAUGGCACCACUGGGCUGCAGAGAACAAGAACCAAAAAGUAGCAGCAGCCCUUAAAUACCAGCUUAAUUGCUGCCGGAUGGUUUUCAGCUUGUGGAAGAAGAGACUGGCCCAGAAAGUGGAAGCUGACCAGAGAUUCAGGAGUCACCUCCACCAGAUGACUGCUGAUGCUCUUCGGCGUUGGCAUUCCUACUGUCAAAGGAAGUGUAAUAUGAAGGAGCUGCAGCAGAGAUGGGCUCAGCAUAGCUGCCAGGAGAAGAAGAGAUUGAUCCUGCAGACGUGGCGCUGCCAAACAAGGCAGCUGAAAAAUGCUGCUUUAUUCUGGGAGCGUCUCCUCCUGCACAGGUGCAUAGUCAUCUGGGCCCAGGUCACUGCCUGCAGACUGAGGCAGCAAGAAGCCCUCUGUUAUUUUAGAAGGGUCAGAGAGCAGCAUCUUCUGGAAGUGAGUUUUGCAGAAUGGAGAGUGAAGUUCAUGACAGCUAAACAGCAGUUGCUGGGAGAGGAGAAAAGCCACACGUGGCAUGGAUGUUCUCAAGCUAAAGCCUGUCAGCGCUGGCGAUUGGCCUCAAGGGGACAGCAAGCCCUGCACUUGGGGUCUGUGGCCACUGUGAAACAGGCCUGCAACUAUUGGACAAAAGCAGCUGCCUUUUCCCAGUGCUCACGGCAAUGCAGUACCCUGAUAGGUGCUAGGAAAAGCAAGAAGAUCUCCUUGUCUUUGUCCAUAAAAAGCAGAGGAUGCAGAGAGAAAGGCUCAGCUCCAGCUGCUUCCCUUGGGUUUUUUCCCAGUGCUGUUCACCGCUGGCUGGUGAUCUACAGAAGCCAAAGGAGGACUGAAAGGCUGCUGCUCCCUCAACAGCUAGAGAGACAUGAUUUGGUAGGACCUGUCCCUGGGCGUGCCAGGAUCCAGGAGAACAAAGCAGAGGUGGACUCCGAUGAAUGGAAUGACAAUUGGCUUGGGAGGAAGUACCUGAGGUGGUGGCAUCACACGGUGACGCUGCACCGCUGCCAGCGUGCCAGGAGGCUGCGCAGUCUGGCAAGGGGUUGGCAGCAGUGGAAAGAAGCCAGCAGGGUGGUGAUGCUGGCACAGGUGUUGGACCAGCAGCGGCUGAUAGAAAAGGCCUGGAGAGCAUGGAGACGUCGGUAUUUACAAAGCUGUGUAGUGCAGAGGUUUCUGGAGGUUGAAGCCAGAAGCCUACUGUCUGAGGCGUUUGGAAGAUGGCGUCAGCUCACAGUGUUCCAACUCAAGGACAGAGGACACUGCUGAGUGUGGGGCCUGCCUGCAGCUGCUCAUUUCAGGAGUGGAGGAUACAGCUGGCAGUCACAACAAAGAGCUGGUCUCCUGCAAUCUAGAAAGCAGUGCAUGAUCUACCUGUGUGAUUAAAAACAGUGCUGCAAGCCCAAAGCAUGGUGAUAGCCAGAGGACAACCAGGAAGAGGUGGUAUCCAGAGAAAGGUCUUAUUUAAGGACUGAUAUUCUGCCUCCCUACUGCACAAACUUGAGAACUUGCUUAAUGGCUUUUGUUGUGAGGUUGCAUUCCCUUUUCUGCUAGAGCCUGAUUUUGCUGGAGUUCUGAUUAAA